GGCGGAGAACCCGCCCAGAGAGGGGGAAGGAAGGCAGAGGAGGAAGCCGACGGGCGGGGCGAAGGCCCAGCCGUCCCGCUCCGCCUAGCCGAGGAGUGCCAGCGGCGUUCUCGGACCCAGUCCCGGGUCGGGCAUGUACCUGCGACAGAAUCCACCCCCAGAGGCGGAAGCAACCCGGGGUCAUGUGGGAGGUCGUCGCUCGCUCUCUGUACCGGGCGAGCUCCCAUGCCUGGUAUAAGCAGCUGCACUGGCCCAGCACCACGCCUGCAGCCCCACAGCUCCACAGCCCUGCAUGGACCCCCAGGAUGACAUCUGGCCGCAGGAUCUCCUCCGUGUGCCCCAUCAUCCGCCUCUCGCCCGCCGCCCGCAGCCUCUUCGAUGAGCCGCUGGCCAUCGCUGUGCAGGGCCUGGGCCCGCGGCAGCAGGUCACGCUCCGGACGUCCUUGCGGGACGAGAGGGACGAGCUCUUCCAGGCCUGGGCCCGCUACCAGGCUGGAGACGAUGGGGUGCUGGACCUCUCCCGCUGCCCUGCGCUGCCAGGAGGCAGCUUCUCUGGCCUGGAGCCCAUGGGGCCGCUCUGGGCUUUGCAGCCCCAGAAGCCUUUCAGGCGGCUGGUGAAGCGAGAUGUGCAGAGCCCCUUCCUCCUGCAGCUGGAGGUGUUCGAGGGCCACGGGGACCCCCCCGGCCGACAGCUGGCCGAGGCACAACACGAGCGGGCGUUCCUACGGGACGGAGUGCGGAGAGUGCCGGUGCGAGAGGGGACUAUCCGGGCGACGCUUUUCCUGCCCCCCGGCAAUGGUCCCUUUCCAGGAAUUAUUGACUUAUAUGGAACUGGAGGAGGGCUCCCAGAAUACAGGGCUUGCUUGCUGGCCAACUAUGGCUUUGCUGUGCUGGCUCUGGCUUACUACAGCUAUGAAGACCUCCCCAAAGAGAUGAAGGAGUUCCACCUGGAAUAUUUUGAAGAAGCUGUAAACUAUAUGUUACAACACACCCAGGUUAAAGGUCCUGGGAUUGGGUUGCUCGGAAUCUCAAAGGGAGGUGACCUUUGCAUCUCCAUGGCAUCCUUCCUAAAAGGCAUCACAGCCACUGCCCUUAUCAAUGGCUCAGUGGCAAAUGUAGGUGCAAUGCUUCACUACAAGGACAUCACCAUUCCACCCCUCGGUGCAAAUUUUAAACGCAUCAAAGUGAACAAGUCUGGGAUUGCUGAUAUUACUGAUGUACUGAACAACCCACUGGAAGGGCCUGACUGUCAAAGCUUUAUCCCUUUGGAAAAGGCUGAGUGUCAUUUCUUGUUCAUUGUUGGCCAGGACGAUCACAACUGGAAAAGUGAAUUCUUUGCAGUUGAGGGUAGCAAACGUUUGCAAGCUCAUGGGAAGGAAAAGCCUGAGAUAAUCUGUUAUCCUGGAGCGGGGCACUACAUUGAACCCCCCUUUUUCCCAAUGUGUGCAGCCUCAAUGCACCAGCUAGUUGGCAAACCUGUGAUGUGGGGAGGGGAGCCCAAGGCGCACUGUGAGGCACAGAUAGAUGCUUGGCGGCAGAUCCAAGCUUUCUUCCUCAAACACCUCAUGGAUAAACCAUCUGGAACAUCCAGUAAGCUGUGAUGUAAGCUAGGUUACUUUACAUAUGAAGAUGCUGGUCUUUCAAGUUUGUUUUGUUAAAUGGCUCUCAGUGAGAACAAAGAACAUCAGAGAAUAAGCUUCUGGGUUUCUUGGAGGAUGACAGUGGGUGAAAGUAUGAGACCUGCUUCCUUUUAACACCCUCCUCUACCGUAGGUUAGAGGUUUUGGUCUCCUGUUGUGUGUGGUAUAGGACAACAAACUAGAAAAAUUAUGGGGUGAGGCUGUGUCUUGCUUUGAAUGUCAAUGUAAGUGGAGGGUAACUCAGGCUGAGAACGAGGAUCAAAAUUUGCUUUAGCUUUCUCAGAGACAUUGCCCUCAACCAGAGCCA